GCCAGACUCAAGCUCGACUCAGCUGCUCUUCGGUAUCCACGGAACAUAUCACAGAAUCAAUGCUCUCCUCGUGGAUGACCCCUGGGCUGGUGGCGAUGUAAUAGUUGUUUCCUUCCUCUCCACAUCUCAUUUCCUUGCAACACCUUCGUUUACCCACCCGACUUGAUCCUCUGAGAGUUUCAGGCACAUACAAGUUCAUGCGUCAUCUUUGGCCAAGAGCUCAUAAGAUUUCAUGGCAUCUGCAAACGCAAGAAAGACCGACAGCCAACGCCCUCGUCCAUUACAUUUAUCCAAGAGCUUCACCCGAACCGAACCACCAAGUCCGGACCGUCUGACACGAGCGAGCACGAUACAGAAUGGAGUGAUACCGGAGAAAGUUAUGGCCAAUGUCUCGAGGGAAAAUACGAAGCCUCGAGCUCAACCGGAUACAUUCCAGACUCACGAGGAGGAGGAGGACGAAGAUGACACAGGGACACCGAUAGAGGGGUCGGGGAAGCUCCCCGAUAACUUUGAUGAGCUACCAGUAGAGCUUGCGAGUUUGAGUGAUACUUUCAUAGACUCCCUGUCAGCGAAAGUACACCCCACACCACCCUCUGUCGACAAGCUGUCCGGUUUGUUCCAGGACUUUUAUGCAAUCGCUGCUACUCAUAUCAGCACCCAUAUCUCUGCCUUAUCCUCACGGCAGCACCGGGAGAGUUCGCCGGCGCCCUCUGUUUCAUCACUCUCGUCGACGGCAAGCAAAUUAAGGGCAAAGGCGGUUUCGAUUAGUAGCAAGGAUCGACCAAAGGGUCCACCUGAGAGGAGAGAUUCUGAUCAGCAGAUGUUGACCGCUGAAGAAAUAGCUGGUAGGAAACGAGCACGGAAAGUUCUUGAGCACAAGAGGGUAGCUUUAGAAGAAGCUGUUGAAAGGAGAGUUUGUGAGCGCAUAUACGAACGCAUAUGGAGACAUAGGAGCACACAGGAUGAAGCACAAGACGAGAAGUUACGGUCGAAGACAAUGGCCUUGUCUGUGGUGGGCAUUGGUUUGGCAGAUUUAGGAGUGGAUGUGGGUCAAGAGGCCAGUGCAGACCCAGAUGCUGUAGAGAAUAAGGAAAAGGAGGUUCGCCAAUGGCUUGAAGGGGCCAGGGAAGAGCUGUUCGCCAUGAAUAAGGAGAAAUAUCCUCUCGGGAAGCUUCAACACCUAAAGGCCGCCCACAGGUGUAUCGUCGAUACCUUGGCCCACUUCCACCCAUCCUCAUCGGCGGACGAGAUCAUGCCCAUGUUGAUCUACACACUCAUUACGUCUCGGCCGGAAGGGAUUGAUGUGAUCAGCAACUUAUACUUUAUCCAGAGAUUUCGAAACGAAAGCAAGAUUGACGGGGAAGCCGCGUACUGUUUGACGAACCUAGAAGCAGCGAUCACUUUCCUUGAAACAGUUGACCUUGCAAGUCUUCGAGCAGAUGAGGUGCCAUCUGGACCACCAAAACCAAGCACUCCAAGAUUGGAGAAGCCAGAUCCAAUGGUUCUGCCACUCACCCCUUCGGGACCAGCAACUCUUGAAGUUAGCGACAUAAAUGCGAGCCCAACGCUCACCAAAGCCGAGCCAUCGCCCCCUGGCCUUCGCCCUUCGACUCAAACCCACAGUCGGCGACUCAGCGACAUGUUCCAACCACCAGCCGUUCUGGGUGCCGCUGGAGAUGCGGUCCUCAACGGCGCAGAUCAAGGGUUCAAGACCAUUGGCAGCAGUCUUGGCGAGAGUUACAAGUUCCUCCUAGGAAAGCUUCAACAACGUCAAGAUGAGACUACGGGGGAAAAGACCGAGAUCAUUGUCCCCAAAACCCUCGAUGAUGCUCGAAAAUUAAUCAGCACACCUCCUCCCGAAGAUGAUGGAUCUGCUAGUGGUGGCAGCUCUCUCAACACCCCCGAGCCAAGUGUGAGAAAUCGCAGCGACUCGGGUGCAAAGCCGGUUGACAAUGUCCUGAGUAUGAUCAGUGGGCGAGGAUUGGCUCGAGAUAGGAGCUCGGACAGCAUUCGAAGCUCUGGAAGCAACAAGAAAGUUGCCUUUCAAGAAGGAGAGAAGUCUCCUUCUCCACUUCACCCACUAGCAGCUCCCUCAGCAAACCCUGCUAUUGUGGAGUCAAUGCGGAAUCUUGGAAACUCUCUCAAUCCUAUGAAUAGGAUUGCGGGAAUGGGCAUGAUGCGUGGCUUUGGGCGUACCACGCCUACUUCUACACCAGUGACACCCAAACCGCCGAUACCGGAUGGUGGUGUCGCUGACUUGACUUCGACAUUCCCCGAACUAGCACCAGCCCUACCACCCAAAGAAAUACCCAAGAUCGCACCACCGAUCAAGAAGUUCAUGGAAUUGCAAAAUCCGGGUGACCUGAAGAUCAACGAGGUUCUAGAGUUGCUGAGAGAUUAUAGACGGCUGGCCGGGGCGUUGAAGGACAUGGAUGCUGUUUAAUUACGUAGCUGGUUUUGGGAUGGCAUGCGUGGCGGCAUUUGAUGGCGUUUUGGAGGGGUGCUGGCAUCUUUUAAGGGUACACGGCUUUGGGAAAUACAAACCGAGCAGGGAGGAAUGCUCCUGCUAGAUGAAAUCACACUACGGUCUGUUAAACCAGCUAAAAUCAUACAGUAAACGUGAAGGAUGCAAAUUUUGAGCGAACGAAGACACCGAGGAGAGAUGCAAGGAGAGUCCGUUCCAAGUUGCGUGUGAUUCGAAAUCUAAUCACCGUCCAUAUCCCCAAAGAAGCCGGGAUGUGCCUGGAUCUUUAACCAACAAGAAUUUAAAUCAUAUGGGCCGUUAAAUCUUGUAAAUACGAGGGUGUAGUCCUCUUCUCUCUCGGAGAC